AUGGCUGGUUUGGAUUUAGGCACUGCUUCUCGUUUUGGUCAUCAGCUCCACCGUCCUGACUUGCACCUUCAGAGACAUCCUGAAGACGAAGAUGAUAACAACAGGAAUCAGUUUUCCGAUGAAAGUGGCCGUCAAGGGCUUGAACUGGUGGCCGGAAACUCUGGUCACGGCGAUAUUGUUGGUCGGAGGCCUAGAGGCCGACCACCCGGGUCGAAGAACAAGCCUAAACCACCUGUAAUUAUCACAAGAGAGAGUGCAAAUACGCUCAGGGCUCAUAUCUUGGAGGUUGGCAAUGGCUGUGAUGUCUUUGACUGUGUAGCCACCUAUGCACGGCGGCGACAGCGGGGGAUCUGCAUAUUGAGUGGUAGCGGCACGGUGACCAACGUGAGUCUCCGGCAACCAGCCGCCGCUGGUGCCGUAGUCACACUACAUGGAAGGUUCGAGAUACUAUCGCUCACCGGAUCUUUUUUGCCACCACCUGCACCGCCUGGUGCGACAAGCUUGACUAUAUUCUUGGCUGGUGGACAAGGCCAGGUCGUCGGAGGCAGCGUGGUGGGAGAGUUGAUUGCUGCGGGACCGGUUAUUGUGAUCGCAGCAUCGUUCACAAAUGUUGCAUAUGAGAGGUUGCCCUUGGAUGAUGAGGAGCCUCUUCAGAUUCAGCCGCCAGUAUCACAGGCUUCCGGUGGUGUCACUGGUGGCGGAGGUGUUGGCCACCACCCAUUUCCUGAUCCAUCUUCUGGACUUCCAUUCUUCAAUUUGCCUCUCAAUAUGCCUAAUUCUCAGUUACCAGUUGAUGGGUGGGUGGGAAACUCAGUUGGUCGCCCUCCAUUCUGA